CUCGAGAAAACCAACCACUUGAGUUCAGUCCAGAAACACUGACCGCUGUAAUAACAGUUCAUGGCGAACUACACACUGUUAAAAACAUUCCAUAUUAUGCGAAAGUGUAUAUCACUACGAUGGACAUUCCUAAAGGUCCUGUCGAUUUGUGGUACCCCAAAGAUGCUCCUAAAGACGUAACAACGAUUACAGUAACUUACACUGAUGAAGCAGGAACACCAACUACAGAUGAGGUACCAGUGGUCAUUGGCGGUGCUGUUUUGAAAGUGAACGUUCCAGAUGGUUUCACCUUUAAGGAAAUUCCAAACAAGCCCGAUGUUCGAGUAGUUAAGAAGGAAACACCUACGGAUGGAGUAGUGAACGUAUUUGGGAAACCAGUUGACAGGGUUAUAAUUACACAUGUAGACAAGUCAGAUGCACACAAUGUUGGUGUCGUUGCAUGCAAGAAAGGAUGUUUUCUGUUUGAUAUCAUGAGUACAUUCCCUGAAGAAACGCAACCACUUGACUUCAAUCUAGAUUUACAGACCGCUGUAAUAACAGUUGAUGGCGAACUAGACACUGUUAGAAAGAUUCCACAUUAUACGAAAGUGUAUGUCACUACGACGGACAUUCCGAAGGGUCCUGUGGAUCUUUGGUUCCCCAAAGAUGUUCCUAAAGACCUAUCAACGAUUACUGUAACUUACACCGAUGAAGCAGGAACACCAACUACAAAUGAGGUACCAGUGACCAUUGGCGGUGCUGUUUUGAAAGUGAACGUUCCAGAUGGUUUCACCUUUAAGGAAAUUCCAAACAAGCCCGAUGUUCGAGUAGUUAAGAAGGAAACGCCUAAGGAUGGCGUAGUGAACGAAUAUGGGCAGCCAGUUGACAAGGUUAUACUUACACAUAUAGAACGGAUAGACGCACUACAUGUUGAUGUAUUUGUAUGCAAGAAAGGAUGUGUACUGGUUGACAUCAUGAGCAAUGUCCCCGAAGAGAAGCAACCACUUGACUUUAGUCCAGAAACACAGACCGCUGUAAUAACAGUUGAUGGCAAGCUAGAUACUAUAAAAAACAUUCCAUAUUAUGCGAAAGUGUAUGUCACUACGACGGACAUUUAUGAAGGUCCUGUGGAACUGUGGUACCCCAAACAUCUUCCAAAAGACGUAACAGCGAUUACAGUAACUUACACUGAUGAAACGGGAACUCCAACUACAACUAAGGUGCCAGUGAUUCAUGAUGGUGCUAUUUUGAAAGUGAACAUUCCAGAUGGUUUCACCUUUAAGGAAAUUCCAAACAAGCCCGAUGUUCGAGUAGUUAAGCAGGAAACACUUAAGGAUGGAGUAGUGGACGUAUUUGGGAAAUCCAGUUGACAGGAUUAUAAUUACAAAUAUAGAAAACAGAGAUGCACACAAUGUUGAUGUAUUGGUAUGCAAGAAAGGUUCAACUACAUCGCCAACAGCCUCUACUAUGACAACACCAAUUGGGACAGUGGCAACACCAAUUGGAACUUCUACCACACCAAUUGGACCCAUUGGAACUAAUACUACACCAACUGGUACCGCCGC